AUGGAGACACAGCAUUCUAGUGUUGCGCCUCCGGUGCUGUUCUGCUCAAUAUGCGAUAAGCCAUUCUCUAAAGCCGCACGCGUCCUCGGUCAUGUCGCGCGUGUAACAAGUCGAAAAUUAAAUGCGACUUUCGAUCGCGAUGCAAUCAGUGCGUUCGCAGAGGCAUUGCGUGUGUAUACGAUCACCGAAAGGCAGUACCUGCGCAACCAAAGAGAUCUUCGUCUCGACGUGUCACUUUCCUACGAUCUCUCACCAUUUACGCCUAUAACGGAGAUUGCGCCCUAUAGCUUCAACAUGAACCGAAUGAGCUCCGCAAGCAAGGCUUAUGCAACAAUGAUUAUCGACAUGAUUCGUCCUUACCCCCAAAUGAUGAUGCGACGCGAGACCUUUCCCCCUUUUAUACACCCGCACCUAACGGCUGAUGGCGAGGACGAGCUGCCGUUUCCUCUGAAGAAUUGUAUGAGCAUUGCCCAGAUGUUUUUUGCACGAAAUGCAGAUACUCGGUCCUUUGUGUGGUCGACAAUUCGAAGUGAGAUGGACAACCUCGUUAUCAACCUUCAGACUUUCUCCAAACACGAGGCACUUGCUGCAUUGUCUGCUAGUUUGAUGUAUCUCAUCAUGCGGGCGACGGACAGUGACCCUCAAGAUUCGGUAAAUGACGUAGAGAUGGUUUUCAUCCAUCAGAUUAUUUGUAAACGGGCAAUCGAGUUAGCGGAAGACGCUUUCAUCAUAGCCGAGCCGAUGGAUUCUGAUAAGAACUGGAGUGAUUGGAUAUUUAGAGAAUCAUGUCGAAGGAUCAUAUGGGUUUGGUUUGCCAUCAGCCUGGUUUUUUGUAUUCAGUCCAAUCUCCCCUGUCUUUUUGCUGUCACGCUACAAGAUAAGCCUCUACCAUCUAGUAAGACAGAAUGGGAAGCACAAAAUGAAUCCCAGUGGAGGACAGAGCAUAUGCUAGCAGAAGUGCGAAGGUCUCAAUUGAGUCUAUUCAUCGAUCUGUUUGAUGCUCACAGGACCAACAAUGCUACAAAGUUGAAUAUUUGGAAUGCUGGAAUAGACAAUCUGGGGAUGCUUCUCAAUUUCUCCGCAAAUAUGCUGAGAGAUAGGUAA